ACUACCGUGGAGCUUUUGAAAAUAUUCGUUGAGUUUGAAAUGAUGCAAGUGAAAUUCUAGAAACAAAUCAUGAAACUCAACAAAGCUGUCUUGAAAUUUGAAUUUUUAACUUGCCCCGCCCAAAGUGAUGUAUUUUCGAGCCCUUCUUUAAAAGGAAAGGACUAGAAAGGUCCACGUUGGAAUCAGAAAGAAAUGAGAAGAAAAACUCCAUUUGAGUAGAAGAGAUUUUUCGAUCGAAAAUGGUGAAGCUGAAAGAGACGGUCGAUUUCGAUUCUUAUGUCGACAACUUUUUACCCCAACCCGAUAGUGUUGACGGCUGUGAGGGAGGCGCUGACAAGAAAAGGAGGAGACUGACACAGAAGAAUCUAUUCCAGCUGUGGGGGCUUGAGAAUCCUAACCUUGAUCUGCGACCUUCCACAGCUACUUCUCUUGCUUCCCGCAAAAACCAACAGCGCCUUUGCCCCUUCUAUAAGAGGAUUGCAGGAACGCCCUUCACUGUUGAUGCAUUCUGCUAUGGUUCAGUCAAAGGCUGCUCUGCCUAUUUCCUUAGUCACUUCCAUGCUGAUCAUUAUAUUGGCUUGACCAAAGGAUGGUCACAUGGACCUAUCUACUGUACCAACCUCACUGCUCGCUUGCUUAGAAUCUGUCUUUAUGUUAGUCCAUCUUUUAUCUGUCCUCUGGAAUUAGGUACUGAGUACAGCCUUAAUGGAAUCAAAAUUACUAUGCUUGAUGCUAAUCACUGUCCUGGUGCUGCUCUCAUUCACUUCCGUCUCCCAAAUGGACAAUGUUACUUGCACACUGGAGACUUUAGGGCUUCAAAGCUGAUGCAAUCAUAUCCAGUUCUUGCAAGCCAACGUAUUAAUAUACUUUACCUUGACACAACAUAUUGCAAUCCAAAGUACAGGUUUCCUUCAAAAGAAGAUGUUUUGGAAUUUGUUGUAGGUGUCACGAGAAGAUAUUUGAAUAAUCAUCCAAAAACUAUCGUGGUUGUUGGUGCAUACAGCAUUGGAAAAGAACAUGUGUAUUCUGCAAUUUCCAAGGCACUGGGGAUUCUGCAGCGUUAUUUGGCAUCACAAGACGGACAGUACACUAGCAUGUUGUCAUUCCGACCAACAGGUUGGACUUACUCAGAGACCAUCGGGGAGAAUCUAAACUUAAUAAAACCCACUUCUAAGGGCAACAUCACUAUUUAUGGUGUUCCAUAUAGUGAGCAUUCUAAUUUCAUAGAGCUGCAGGAAUUUGUGCAGUUUCUGAGGCCAGAAAAGAUAAUUCCUACUGUGAAUGUUGGAAAUGCUGUUAAUCGUGGCAAGAUGCAAUCAUACUUCCAGCAGUGGCUGAAAGCCUGAAAGAGGAGUUGUUCUUCUGGAGUUGUCUAGUUUGGUUAUUCUAUUCUUUCUAAUUCUUCUGAAGAUUAGGAAGUGGAUUAGAUAGGUUAUUGAAAUGGGAAUGGACAGUGGUGGUUAUACAGUUGUAAAAAAUGUUUUUAAUCUCUCUAUUAAGCUUGCAUGGUGAGUCAAAAAUCUCUUGGCCUCCAUUCUUGUUGAUUGCCUUCCAUGCAAGGUAGUUGUAAAUCCCAGGAAUUUAUCGUAGUAAUCAAUUUUUUUGCAACUCAGAAGUCCAACCAAUGUCCUAGAGCUUCAUUCAUUUGUAAAUAGGGUUUGAUUAAGGAGAUGUAGAGCAAAAGGCUAAAAAAAGGCCUUCUAAACUUAUUCUAAAUGAGAAUUGGUUAUCUUUCAACUACUACAUAAACAUUGGUGCCUUUUCUACUUGCCUAAAUAUACUCAUCUAUCUCACCUUUUGUUUUAAAUACUUUCAGUUCACGUUGUUCUUUCCCAUUGGCUUUUGAUUUGUUAAUAUUACUACUAGAAUUUCUCAAUCUAUUUGAAGGUGUUUCCAGAAUUCUGUUCAAUCUUUUUCGAGUUCCUCAAUCUCUGGUCUUGCAGGCAGCAAAAUCGAUUAGGUUUUCAUGAGAAAUGCUUCUUCAGACUGGAAUUUAGGGGUGUUGACCUGUUCUAAUUUUUCUGUCUGUUGGUUUUGUUGCAUGUUGCUUCUCCUCCGUCCUUUUUUGGAUGGAUUGUACUGUUCUCUUCCCAUAAAUUGUAAGUACCUUAUUGAUAAGACAUAAAUUAGAAUUUUUGGUCUUUCUUCUUGAGACGUUUUGGUCUACAACCAACAGAAACAACAAUGUCAGUGAGGUCUACAACAAUCUGUAUUUUUUGUUCAUUCGAUCCGAACUAUUGCAUUUCUUAAGGCUACUUUUAUUCAUCAGGGUCUCAACUUUUUCUCCAAAUGUAGAUUGCUGCCUACAAGACCAGAUACGGUGAUCAAUCUGAGGAUCACUUAAGGUUAUAAUUGGACACUUCAUUUCAUCUU